AUGGAGCGACGUACGGUCUUACUGUCGGUGUUGUUACUUAUCGGCCUCGCUGGUUUGAGCGCUGCUAUUGCAAUUGGCAUCAUCCGAAGCAGACCUGAUACACCUGAUCCGAGUGAUAAUGGUGAAAAGGAGUACGAUAGUGAGUUAUGUCAUCCACUGCUGAUUGCACACCGCGGUGCCAGCGGCUACGUCCCGGAGCACACGUUAGGAGCGUACGCACUCGCAGCCUCCAUGGGCUCCGACUACCUCGAACCAGACGUCGUGAUGACCAAAGAUGGCCACAUCAUCGCACGACAUGAUAAUGAGCUCGGUCUGACUACUAAUGUGGAAGACCACCCCGAGUUCGCCAGUCGCUACAGAACACAAAUGGUAGACGGCAGGCAAGUCAGUGGGUGGUUCACUGAAGACUUCACUCUCGCAGAAAUCAAAACUCUUCGUGCAAUUGAACGCAUACCCAACAUAAGACCUGGUAAUACUCGAAUGGACGGAGCCUUUGAUGUCCCUACUAUGCAAGAGAUUAUUGACUUGACCAAAGGUCUAGAAAUCAGUUUGAAACGACCUAUCGGUAUAUAUCCUGAAAUAAAACAUGCCACUCAUUUCCAACGCCUGGGGCUGGCGAUGGAACGACCUUUGGUAGAUUUGCUGCACAGGAAUGGUUACACCCGACCUGAAUCACUUAUUUACAUUCAAUCUUUCGAAGUCAGCAAUUUGAAGGAAUUGAAAAGUAUGACAGACCUGCGCUUGAUUCAACUCUUUGCAGGUAACUCUGCUCUACCUCCGUUUGAUCAAGCGGUGCAAGAGACAGGUCUCACGUACGCUCAGAUGGCUACUCCUGAAGGGUUACGGGAGAUUGCUACUUACGCUUAUGCGGUUGGACCUGACAAGGGGUAUAUUAUUCCCCGCAAUGCCAAUCAGACACUGGGUACACCAACAAGUUUUGUGCAGGAUGCUCAUGCAGCUGGUCUCAAAGUGCAUCCGUACACGUUCCGAUCAGAAAACGUAUACCUACCAGCAGAGUUCCGGAGUGCAGACCCGUCACAGGCCGCUCUCGGAGAUGCAGCUGGCGAAUAUCGAGCAUUCCUUGCUACAGGAAUAGAUGGAUUAUUCACAGAUCAUCCGGAUGAUUUUGCAAACGUUCGAGUGCUCCUUCUAUUUUUGAUAUUUUCAAAAGAAAACAGUGGAGUGAACCAAAGAAGCUUGGAUGACGAUAUCCCAAAAAUAAAUGUACAAUUUAAUGAUCUGCCAAAGGCUGACAAAUUUACAAAACUAAAUAUAAUGGAGGAGAAAAUAGUGGACAGUAACAAUGAGGACACAAAGCGUGAGCUGAAGGAAGCGCGGUCAAGAAUAGACCAGUUAGAAAAAAAAAUUGCUAUUUUAGAGGGCAGAGUGCCGCAGAAGUAUCCAGACGUCAAAUUUCUGGGCUAUAAGGAGAGAAAGAGGAUAUUGGUAACCGGUGGAGCAGGAUUUGUUGGCUCACACUUGGUAGAUGUACUUAUGACACAAGGUCAUGAAGUGAUUGUAGUAGACAAUUUCUUUACGGGACGUAAACGCAAUGUAGAACAUUGGUUCGGUCACCGUAACUUUGAAAUGAUUCACCAUGAUAUAGUUAAUCCACUUUAUGUAGAGGCAGAUGAAAUAUACCACUUAGCUAGUCCUGCAAGUCCGCCUCAUUACAUGCAAAAUCCAGUUAAGACAAUUAAGACUAAUACUUUAGGAACAAUCAAUAUGUUAGGUUUAGCACGACGAGUUGGAGCUAAGAUACUGAUAGCAAGCACAUCUGAAGUCUAUGGAGACCCCAUGGUGCACCCCCAGCCUGAAUCUUACUGGGGUCAUGUGAAUCCCAUAGGUCCCCGAGCCUGUUACGACGAGGGCAAGAGAGUUGCGGAGACGUUGGCGUAUUCGUACGCGAAACAAGAGAAGGUGUCAGUUAGAGUGGCGCGCAUAUUCAAUACGUAUGGACCUCGGAUGCACGUGUCUGACGGACGCGUCGUGUCCAACUUUAUUAUGCAGGCGCUGCAGAAUUUAACUAUUACUGUAUACGGCAACGGGCAGCAGACCCGUUCAUUCUGCUACGUAUCAGAUCUCGUCGAUGGACUGCUGGCUCUGAUGGCGUCCAGCUACACGUUACCUGUCAACCUCGGGAAUCCCGUGGAAAAUACUAUACAAGAAUUCGCAAUGAUAAUCAAGAAUCAAGUGCCAGGCUGCCGGAGUAUGGUGGCUAAGAGUGCGCCCGUCGAGGACGACCCGCAGCGACGCCGGCCCGACAUCACUGUCGCUAAGCAACAUUUACAUUGGGAACCAAAAGUGUCAUUACAAGAUGGCCUGCAGAGGACCAUAGAUUAUUUCAAGGAAGAGUUAUCAAGAACAACAUUCUACAACAAUCAGACCUACAUGGACAUGAAAAGUCAUAAUUAA